AGACUUUGGGUUCGAAUGUGAACGGGCUCAACUGAAACAACAUUAACCUCUCUACUCUCUCUCAUUUUCUCUCUCAAUCACACCGAGGCAAGAUCAGUAGUGUCUUCUUCUUCUUCUUCUUCUUCUCACACGUCUGAUCAGCCUGUCUCUGGCAUAAUCCAAUUAGAAGAAACUAUGGAUCCUUCAGAACUUAGGUACUUGGAAGAUGAUGAUACUCCGACAAUGAAAACAAUAAAGGGUGCAACUUCAGGUCUAGUUGCCGGAACCAUUUGGGGAACUAUUGUUGCUACUUGGUAUGAUGUGCCUCGUGUCGAGAGAAGUGUUGCACUUCCAGGGCUCGUAAGGACCCUGAAGAUGAUGGGUAACUACGGGAUGACUUUUGCUGCUAUUGGGGGUGUUUACAUUGGCGUAGAACAGUUGAUGCAGAAUUAUAGAAUGAAGAGAGAUUUUGUCAAUGGAGCUGUUGGUGGUUUUAUUGCUGGUGCUACUGUUCUGGGUUACAAAGGAAGGAGCAUUCCAACAGCACUUUCUGCAGGAGCUGCCCUGGCAGUAACUUCUGCACUGAUUGAUGCUGGAGGUCAGACCGCGAGAAUCGACAAUGGUAAGGAGUACUACCCUUACACCACCAAGAAGAGGCCCAAUGUCAAUAACUGAUCACUCUAUGCUUCCGUUAAAAAGGAAGAAGACAUUGGCAUGUUUAUGUGAGAGAACUGAUCACUUUUCUUUAACCUGUUUGUAUGUUGUAUUUGGAGAUGUGACCAUACUCUUGGGUUAUCUUUGGUUAGUGUUUCUUAUUUUCAGUUCUUCCUGUUGGAAAGGACUAUCCAAAUAAAUACUGUUAAAUUCAGCUAUGAGUUAAGAUUCACCUAA